AUGAAAGUAAUCGUAGUAGGCGCCGGCCUAGGGGGUCUCGCGUGCGCAAUAGCCUGUCGGCGCGCAAAUUUGGAUGUGACGGUUUUGGAAAAAUCCCCUGAAAUAUCACCAAUAGGAGCCGGGAUUCAAAUCCCACCGAACGGGGCCCGCAUCAUGGAUGAACUUUGUCUGUUACCAGAGUUACUAGAAAAAGGCACGGUAGUCGAGACGAUUGAUAUUCGACGAUAUGCCGAUGGGAAAAUAAUCACGUCCAUGCCAUCUGGGGAGAUCCUUAUACCGGAAUACGGAGCGCCGUGGAUUAUCAUACACCGAGCAGAUUACCAUGAGAUUCUCCUCGCUAGGGCGAAAGCUCUCGGCGCUAAGAUCCGUCUAAGCGCGACGGUGAAAGACGUCGUCUAUGAGAGCCCCCAGGUGAUAUUAGCCGGGGGAGAGCGAAUAGCGGGAGAUGUUAUUAUCGGUGCUGAUGGUCUCGGGUCUACCAUACGGAACUGCAUCCUGGGUGAAGAGCACCCACCCGACGAAACGGGCGAUUUAGCUUACCGCGGCACGUUCUCGCGCGAACAGCUCGAAUCACUUGCAGACACUGAUAUCAACCACCUCUGCGCCAGGAUGGCAAUCACUUCAUGGCUGGGACCCAAGAAACAUGCCGUAUUUUAUCCCUUGCGCGGCGGGAAAGAAUAUAACCUUGUUCUGAUACGGCCGGAUGAUAUGCCCUUGGGGGUGCACAAUGCGUGGAGUGAUUUGGUGGAAGUGCAACAUGCGUAUAAGGGUUGGGACCGAACGACAUGGACGAAGGGCUCGGUUACACUUCUUGGAGAUGCGUGUCAUCCGACACUUCCAUAUCAGGCGCAGGGGGCUGCGAUGGCAGUCGAGGAUGGUGCCGUUCUUGGGAUUCUACUGGAUGCAGUUGCAUCCCGAUCAGCUAGUGGCAGUUCGGAGACCAUGGGAUGGGAAAUUCAAAAGGCUCUUCAACUCUACGAGGCAAUACGCAGACCACGCACCGCACAGAACGUCCAGGGUGCAGUCAGAAAUAGGGGAUUGUUCCAUCUAGACGACGGAGCGCUGCAGUGGCUACGAGACCUGCUGUUGAAGAUAUCAGGGAUGACCUGGGAAACUGACUGGGGAUUCAUCAUGUCCUAUCGAUAUCGGCAGAUGAUAGGAUUUGAUGUACUGCAGGACGCUGAGGCACGAAUCUCGGGGCUGCGGAAAGGAAAAGAAAUGCACAGCCACCAAGAGUAG